CGCCGCCUCCAUCUUCCUUACCGUCCUCCCAUCCUCCCUCCUUCUCAUCUCCACUCUCGCGCAAUGUCCCUCUUCGGCUCGCGCUUCUCCUCCGCUGUUACAGCGCUGAGGGGAGAGCUCAGCGCCGCCCCCCAAACCGCCAACGAUACAAUCUCCAAGCUCGUUGAUAAGAUUCAGACUUCACCUCAGGUCGAUGAUCGUCGCACCGCCGUCCUUGGCCUCAAGGGCCUCAGUCGCGACUGGAAGGCCGAAGUCGGUCAGGAGGCUUUCCCAUCUCUCCUUGCUGUGCUGCAACACGAUGCCCCGUACGAUGUUGACAUCGCCAAGGCCGUGCUUGAGGCGCUUAUGAGCCUCUGUGAAGUCCCGGACAAGCCCGCCAAGGACGACGUGGGUCUCAAGCACAUCGACAUGUUUCUCGAGACCCCGGAGCCGUUUCACGCCGUGAUCGGGUUGCUCUCGACAUCGCCCGCGUUCUUCCCGCGCUUCUACGCUCUGCAAUUCCUUUCCCAGAUCCUCACCGCCCGAGCUCCCCUCGCCCAGAGCUAUAUCCUGUCUGCACCACCACCAGGCGUCGACGGCGUGCUCACCGUGCUUGACCCCAAGGCCCCGCCACCGGGGUCUCAGGGCGCCGUCAUGGGCGGUGGCGCUGGUGAGAUGCUGCGCAAUGAGGCUCUUCUGCUCCUUCCCGUCAUGCUUGCCGGCAACGCCGACCUGCAGAAGAUCAUUGCCUUCUCUGGGGCAUUUGAGAAGAUUCUUGACAUUAUCGCGGCCGAAAACGGCAUCGAGGGCGGCAUCGUCGUCCAAGACGCACUGACUGUCAUCGGCACCCUUUUACGCUUUAACGUUUCCAAUCAGAAUCUCUUCCGCGAGUUCUCGUUCAUCCCCUCCAUCCCACCUAUUCUCCACUUCCCUCACUCGCUCGCGGCCGACGAGCCGGCGCCGGACACCUUCGCGCUGCAGGAUUGGCCCGAGCAGAAGUUGUUCAACGCUGGCUUGGUGCUCGGCUUGAUUCGCAUGCUUAUCGGUGGCCCCGGCGGCCCCAAUCAGUCUGCCAUGGCGAGCAGCGGCGUUACGAGGUGUUUGCUCGAGCUGUCCCUUGCCUCCAACGCACCGAAUGGUCUCAAAUGCCAGGCUCUGAACACCCUCACGCCUAUCAUGCUGUCGUCGCUACCGAACCAGGCGCUGCUGUCGACGCUGAUGCUCGCGCCGUUGGUUCCAGUCAAUGCUGACAUGGAGCACCCUAACGGCGGCUUUGUCCGACUGCCUCCUCGGCCAGCAGUCGUUGCGCUUGUUUCAGCUGUUAUCGAGGGCGACCCGAGUGCCGGUGGACGCGGCUUGCGCGGCCGUGCUGCUGGUGUGAACAUGUUCGAGGGCUACGUCAACAACAACGAUGACGCCAGGAUAGGCAUCAUUUCGUCCAUGGUGCCACCGCCGGAGGACAAUGUCAACUCUAACUUUCCUGACACUCCCCAGUCCGCAGGCUCACUCAUCAUGUCCGGGCUUCUUGACUUUCACACGAGUGAGGCACCUUUCGACCCCUACCGCCCGCUCUUUUCGUGCCUUCUCAUGUCGCACCUGCUACGGAGCUCGGAGCACGCUAAGAAGCUUGCCCGUGAGAUCUCAUUCCCGGGCGGGGGCGACGAUGAGGAGGACGAUAACGUUUCGCUUCUCCAGCUUGUCGUCGGCAAUCUCAUGAUGGCCGCGCAAGCCCAGGGCGAGGCGGCCAGUAAAGCCACCAAGGAAGGCCGCGGUGACAACUCGGUCGAGGAUGAGACGUGGACGCGCGUAAUGGUCGGCUAUCUGGUACUGCUGUCGACCUGGCUCUGGGACUCGCCCAAGUCGGUCGCCGAGUUCCUCUCCGAGAGCGCGAACCUGCAGGUGCUCAUUACCCCGAUCACCCAGCCCACCGGCAUUGACCCGCUCAUCCAGGGGCUGUGCGCCUUCCUGCUCGGCAUAUGUUACGAGUUCAACCGUGAGCCUGGAGAGGUCACGCGUGCCACCCUUCACCCGAUCCUCCACUCGAGAAUUGGCCCAGACCAAUUCGUGUCGCGGAUGGCCCGUCUGCGCGAGGACCCACGAUUCCGCGCGGUGCAGCCAGAUGCUUUCGACACUGAGGGCGAGGAUGCAACUGCCGCGCACCAGUCGCAGGACUCGGAGGAGCAGGACGAAGGGCUAGAGUUGUGGUUUGACUGGGCUUUCGUCGACUUUUGGAAGAACCACUACUACACUAUCCAACGCUCCAUUGCAGUGGACCCCGACGCCGUCGGAAGUCGGACCUCUGCGGAUGACAGUGAAACAGCAGGCAUCAUCAUGUCGCUGCGUCAAAAGCUCAAGGCGCAGACUGACGAGGUUGUCAAGCUCCAGUCGCAGCUGUCGCACAAGGCGUCGGAACAUAACAAGGAGAAGGACCAGCUCGCAUCCGAGAUUGAAGCUCUCUCCAAGGAGCUCGCCAAGCUCUCGGCCGAUGGAGCAGCAAGCGCACAGUCCUCGACUGAACUAGAAACUCUUCGUUCUGAUCUCUCGGCAGCCCGCGCACAGGCGACCUCGCAGAUGGCGGAGCUUGCUGCCCAUGCCGAAACGAAGACGCAGCUUGAGGGCGUGACUUCCGAGCUGGAUGCGCUUCGAAAGGAGUUGGAAGAGGCCAAGGCUAUUGCUGCGAAGGCCGCUGAGCGGGCCGACAAAGCGGAGGCGGCAGCCCAGGCGGAGAAGGAGCGCGCCGACAAGGCAGAGAAAGAGCCGAAGAUCCUCGAGCCCCCACCCAAGGGCAAGGGCAAGAAAGCCGAGGCUGAACUCAACAAGCUUCGCGAGCAGGUCAAGAAGCUUGAGACUGAACUGGAGGAGACCAAGGCGAAGGGUGCCGAGAUGGAGAAGGAGCACGAGGACUUGCUCGUUCUACUCGACGAGCUGAGCAGCAAGCGCAAACGCGACAAGGGUGUGAUGCGUGACAAAGGGUUAUUCGUCAGCGAGGAUGAGGAUGACGACGAUGAUGAUGAUGACGAUGGUGAUGACGACGACGACGAGUAGACUUAGAAGCAUGCGAUGCUAUCCAUAUUACGGGUG